AGUAUUAUUGAAUAUUAUUAUUAUUAUUAUCUGAUUGAAAUUAUUGAACUUAAUCAAUGACUACUACAACAAAACAACAGGAAAGUUAUGUAGUCUACUCACUAACACCCGAUCCCUUUCCCGAUGACUACACCACUGUACAGGUAGUCGGCGGCAGCGGUAGUGGUGACGGCAGUGGCCGUCAAUAUGACUUACGUGACAAACAUUUUGCAACAACUAUUUGUUUGUCAACAAUCAUAGCGUCGGUAGUAUUGAUUUGUCUAUGGUUUCUAUUGGGUGCGGCAUUUGGCUACAUAUUAAUGAUUAUACUACUUGUGCUGAUAGUCAUGUUAAUCAUAGUCUAUUGGACCCGACGUCCGGCCAUAUUGUUUCCAACAUUUAGGACAUCAUCCCAGUGCACAUCAGUAAAGUUUCCCAAUACCUAUGCCAUGCAUGUACUACCUGGGCCUCAGUUACCCCAUGUUUAUAAUAAUAAUAAUAAUAAACAAAAUAGUAAUUUGGUUUACUAUCCAUAUCCAGCUCCCGGUGCCGCUACAUAUGCUACUACUACUAGUACUAAACAAUAUGAUACUAAAUGUAAAACUACUGUUUGA